UUGCGUUUCGCGCUGCUUGUCCCUUUCUGCACGCCGUACUGACGCGGAGCCGGAAGCACAGGGUAGUGUUGGUGCGCGGUGCAUGCUGGGAGAACACGUGUGUUGAAGAUCGGAGAAGGAGAGGCAGCCAUUCUUCCCAACAUGUCGUCCAGAAAGAAGCCAGGCGAGGACGAUGAGCGGUUCCGCCGGGUCCGGAAGGACCCGAGGUUCUGGGAGAUGCCAGAGAAGGAACACAAAGUCAAGAUCGACAAGCGGUUCCAGUCCAUGUUCCACGACCAGCGCUUCAAGGUGAAGCAGACGGUGGACAAACGAGGCCGACCCGUCAGCCACUCCACCGCCGAGGAUCUGAAGCGCUUCUACCAGCUGUCUGACUCCGAGGAAGAGGAGGAGGAGGAGGAGGAGGAGGAGGAGGAAGAGGAAGAGGAAGAGGAGCAGCAGGAGGGUCCAGAGGGAGAGAAGAAGAAGGCAGCAGAGCGGCCCGAACGAGGAACCGGAGCCGCUGAGAAAGAUGAUGAUGAGGAGCGGCUGUCUGAAGAUGAGGAGGAGGAGGAGAGCGAUGAAGCUGCCGGGUCUGACGAGGAGUCCAGUCUGGGUUCUGACAGCGACAGCGGACCGGACCUGGCCCGCGGGAAAGGAAACAUCGAGACCAGCUCAGAUGAAGAUGAGGAUGAUGAUGAUGUGGACGACGUCCUGAAGGAGGAAGACGAGGCGAUUGAACACGACUGGGGGGAGCUGUGCAAAGACGCUCCGCGGAGCGAGCAGGUUUCUGCUCGGCUCGCCGUCUGCAACAUGGACUGGGACCGCCUGAAGGCCAAAGACCUGCUGGCUCUGUUUAACUCCUUCGUGCCUAAAGGGGGCGCUGUGCUGUCUGUGAAGAUUUUCCCGUCAGAGUUUGGGAAGGAGCGGCUGAGGGUGGAGCAGACGCAGGGACCGCCGGAGCUGAAGGCGCUGCCCGACGACUCGGAGGACGACACCGAGGAAGAAAGGGUCUUCAGGGAGAAGCUGCGGGACUACCAGUUCAAGCGGCUGAAGUAUUUCUACGCCGUGGUGGAGUGCGACUCUGUGGACACGGCGGCCAAGAUCUACGAGGAGUGCGACGGCUACGAAUACGAGAGCAGCUGCUCGGUUCUGGACCUGCGCUUCAUUCCUGACGACGUGACGUUUGAGGAGGAGCCCAGAGACGCGGCGACGGACGUCAACCUGACGGCGUACGCGCCCAAACUGUUCACCUCGUCUGCUGCCGCCACGUCUAAGGUCCAGCUGACGUGGGACGAAACGGACCACGAGCGCGUGACGGCGCUGAACAGGAAGUUCAACAAGGAGGAGCUGCUGGACCUGGACUUCAAGGCCUACCUGGCCUCCUCCAGCGAGGAGGACGAAGAGGAGGAGCAGGAGGACGGAGCAGCUGAAGAGGAGGAACACCUGCAGAAGGAGGAGGAACCCCCGGAGGAGGAGAAGAAGAAGAAGAAGAUGAAGAAGAGCGAGGAGCAGAUCAACAAAUACAGAGAGCUGCUGAAGAGCAUCCAGGUCAAAGAGAAGAAGCUGCAGGAGGACAGAGACAUGGAGAUGGAGAUCACCUGGGUGCCAGGCCUGAAGGAGACGACGGAGCAGCUGGUGAAGAAGAAGCUGGAGGACCAGGAGCUGACGCCCUGGGAGGAGUACCUGCAGAAGAAGAAGCAGAAGAAGAAGCAGAAGAAAAGUGGCAGGAAGCAGGGCGACGAUGAAGAGCUCAGCGAUGAUGAGCUUCCUCCUGAUGUGGACCUCAGCGACCCGUUCUUCUCCGAGGAGCUCAGAGCAUCAGACCCGAAGAAGAAGCAGAAGAAGAAAAAGGAGGAAGAGCCGAGGACAGCUGAGGAAGAGGAGCAGCUGGAGAAGCAGAAGGCUGAGAUGGCUCUGCUGAUGGAGGACGACGGCGACGGAGCCGAACACGAACACUUCAACUACGACAAGAUCGUGGAGCAGCAGAAUCUGAGCAAGAAGAAGAGGAAGAAGCUGCUGAAGAAGGGCGACGCGGCUCUGGAGGACGACUUCCAGGUGGACGUGUCGGACCCACGCUUCCAGGCCGUGUUCACCUCCCACCUGUUCAACCUGGACCCCACCCACCCCAGCUUCAGGAAGACCCGGGCCACGCAGAGCAUCCUGGAGGAGAAGCAGCGGCGCCGGCAGGAGGGGCACGGCGCUCACGAGGCCACGCCCACAUCGGACAAAGGGGCGGAGCCUGGCGGUGAACAGGAAGCAGCAGAAGCAAAGCGGGAAAAGGACUCUGUGACGGAGAGGAGAGGCAUGGAUCCCAGCCUGUCCAUGCUCGUUAAGUCCAUCAAGAGCAAAACGGAACGGUUCCAGGCCCGGAAAAAACGCAAAGUCACGUAGAACCUGAGCUGUGACCCACUUCCUGCCGCCGCAACGGUUCUGCUUUAGUGUUUGUACAGAAAAACAGACGAGUCAGCUUUAUUUAAAGACUUUUAAUCAGCAGGUUCAGGUUUACAUCGAUGGAGACGAUGAAACAUCAGAAGAUCCAGUUAACGAGCUUUUAACGAGUAAAAUGAGGCAGAUUAAACGUUAACGGGUUAAAAUAACGUUAAAGGAGGAACCGGGUCGUCUGAUCCAGGUCCAGCAGGAUAAGUGAAUCAGAACCGACCCGGUUCUGCUCCAGGGAGUUCCUGCUGGUUCCUCAUCGUUUCAGGAAGACGAGACGGAACCGGUCCAGAAAAACGUGGAACUUUGAACGAUUAAUCACUGAAAAAUUAAACGUUAGAAACUAAAAA